AUGAUUCCUUUUGUCGAGGUAUCGCACCUGGCCUCGUCGACUUCAUUUUACUCUGGCGUCCUGCAACCACUCGGCCUACACUACACCCCACCGCCAGAAGUAAGAGGUCUGACGUCCUCGCCUCUACCAACCUUUGUUACCUACUGUCUCAAUGGGGGUGAUCCAGUCCUAGAGCUCAGGCAGACGGCGAAUCCUCUAAGACCGCCCGUCCUGACCUCACUGGUGAUCAGUGCGCCGUCUCAGCAAUCGGUUUCCAUCUUCCACCGCUGUGGCGCGAGGGCGGACCCUCCGCUUUGGUCUAGGUUCCGUGACCGUCGAGGUCUCGAGAAUCACUUCAAGGACGUCGACGAGGUGAGAAAGGGACCCUGGCAGGCCACCGACCGCAACAGGGUGCAGCACACCCACGCGGUGCUAUACGACUUAGACGGCAAUAGGAUCGAAGUAGUUCACUCGCAGGAAUACGGAAACGAAGGCGCACCGCCCACAGUCCUCGACUGGAAAUUCGACGUCGAGAAAUCAUCACAGGCUGCUGCGAAGCCCACCAGGAUAACGCUCAACCCAAGAAAGGUCAACGGCGCCAACCCUGGCGGUGACGUACAUCGAUCAACUGCAAUAACCCACACACGCCAUUCCGAGACGGUGUACGGUCCUCACUCAGCCUACCGGUCAGCGCAUCCAGGUGCUCUAACCAAAGUUCCACCACCCACUGUAGCCGAAACAAUGCCUCGAGAUCCUGCGCAACGAGGUGGAGCCCCUCAAGAAGGUGGCUUCAACUCAACGACGGUGAUGGGGGCUCUUCUUGGCGUUGCUGCUGCCGGCGCCUUGACAUAUGGCAUCGUGCAGAGCCGUAGGUCCCCGUCACCCGAUGCGCCUGAUCAACGAUAUAUUGAUGGGCCGCCUCGACGAAGAGCUACUUUCCCUGAUAAGCCGGUAACAAGCUACCGACGCCAGAGUACGCAUGAGACAGGUGUGGUCCCAAUGUAUAACUACCAUGACCACAAAACGCCUCGGAGGUUCGCAUAUCCAGACUUUAACUCAUUACCUAUCCGAAAUGCCUAUGUGGAAGGGGAUGAGGAUGUUGAAUAUGGCAAUGACCCUUGGUCAUCAGCGCCUCAAUAUCUGACCCGACCACCUAUGCAGAAUGGCUAUCCCAGGUCUCGAGCACCCUCCCGACCCGGAGUAGUCGAAGAAAUCCAAGAUACACGGAGUCGUUACUCCUCACGGCCACAGGGCCAAGUACCAAUCACUCGCGCUCGCAGCGAAGCACCUGCAAGGUCGCAGGUUGAACACUACGACAGAUCUUACCCUCCCCAGCGCAGCAUUGCACCAGAAUCUACAAUGCCUCCUCGCGCCAACGGGCUCAAGGGCCCGCACACAGGUAAGCGCUGUGACAGCGAGGCCGCCGCCUACGAGAACAGCGUACAGUACCGCGCCGAGUCGUAUUUCUGCAAGGAGAAUACCCCUGCCCAAGAGCGGAGCGGGAAGCAGCCAGGUAGGAUGGGAAGCACGAGACGUCCCUCUACCGAUGAGCGGAGUUGGCAGCAGCCAUGCUGA